GAACUGAAGUCCAUAAGGUGACGACGAAGGUCAACAGUCAUUACAAAAUCAAUGGACAGAGGAAGACUCCCAAGGAAGAGAAGCUAAGAAUGAAAGAAUGUGAGCAAGCAGAAAAGGACAGGCAGCUAUCAGAGGGAGAGGAAAAUGGGAAAUCGAUUAUGAAAGAAAUAGACACCUACAUGAAAUUGUUUCACGCUGCGGAAAGGUUGCGGCGGCGGGCAGAGGACUACUACAGACGCAAAAUCGCCCCUUCUGCAAGAAAGCCUCAUGCCAACUGGCUCUGUGCUCAAGCCUUGCAGAGGAAGAUGGCAGAGAGGAAGGCUGCCUCCAAGCAGCAAAGGUGUGAAAUGAGGGAAAAGUAG